AUGGCUCAACAAGACAUUUACAAAUACUUGGUUGAUAAUGAUGAAAAAUCUAAAAAGGAGUUAGAAACAAAAAUACUAAAUGGACAUGCUAGAGAAACAGGCCAUGUGGAAAACUUCUUUGCCAUAAGUCAACGUGUUAAUCUUUACAAAUCAUUUUGUGUGGUUACGAAAUUCAACAAGAAAGUUUCAAAUGAUAAGAAUCUGUUAUUCCAUGCUAUAAGACCAUUAUUGUUAAAAUAUCCAAUACUAGCCACAACUUUGGUGGAGCAGAAAAUUGAUGAUUCCGUUAUACCAAGACCACAUGAUUAUAUUAAAGUGUUGAAUGAAAUCAAAUAUAAAGAUUUAUUCAUAGAUGUUAAUGACACAGACUUGCAACAUUUGAAUGAUGCUGAUUUAUAUCAUGCCCUAAAUGAUAUUGUUAUCCCAUAUGGUAAAGGUAAUUUAACUUGGCAAUUGGUAGUUAUUGAUGAUUAUAGACUAGCCUAUAUCGCAAACCAUAUCCUUGCUGAUGCUAUUGCUGGUAAAUAUUUUUUCCAAGAUUUGGAAACACAAUUUUCCAAAUUAGAUCCAUCAUUAAUCAAUUCACAAAAUAUAACAAAUGAUUCAAUCAUAUUUGACUAUGAAGCUGAUAAAGAACAUUUGGGAAAAUUAGUAGAUGCCACUGAUAAUAUCAUUGAUUAUACACCACCAUAUUGGUUCUUCCCUGAACUUGUCAUGAAUCAAUUUGUCAUUUCAAAAUUUGGUUCAAAUACACCUCCAAAAUGUGGUGAACCGAUCCAUUAUAAAACUAUUCAUAUAACUGCUCAAGAAUUGGCCAAGAUGAAAAAAGAUCUAAGAGAUAACGAAAGGGAUAAAAAAAUAACACUAACUCCAUAUAUCCAGGCUGCUUGGUUAAAUGCUCAAUACAAGACGAAAAUCUUCAACUCAUCAAUAACAAAUUUCGCACUACCUGUUGAUACGAGAAUUUAUUUCCCUGGUGAUGAUAAAGAUAAAUAUAAAUAUGGGUUAAACACUUCACUAACAAACAAGUUUUUCUUCCAUGUUAAAGAAUUCACUUGGGGGUGGGUUGAUUAUUUCAAUACUUAUAUUAAAUGGUGCUUAAAGACUAAAAGAUCAUUAUAUCAACCUGGACUCGUGACAUUGGAAAAAUUUUACAAGAAUAAAAAUUUCGAUGUCGCUGUGGAGAAAGGUCAAAGGGCCAGAUUAAGAACAAAUACAUUAUUCUCAAACAUGGGAUUGAUGGAAUCAAAUGAUGAAAUUGAUCAAGAGAAUGGGAUCCUUAUACAAGAUUGUACAUUUAGUCAACAUUUUAAUGGGAUUUUCUAUGAUUUUUCAAUUAAUGCAGCAGCUACUCAAAGAAACGGAUUGAAUCUUGUGAUUAGUGUCCCUGAAAGUGCUCCAUUCACUAUGGAUCAGUUCCAAGAGGUUGUUGAUGUGUUUAAACAGAAUUUACUCGGUGAAUGUGUUAAAUAA